AACACUGCUUCAUAUUUGUUCUUGUUUUUUUUUCUUGCAUGGACUCGUCGCAAAACAAAAUGCAGGAAAUGGAAAAUUUCGCUGAGGAGAAUCCAAACUCGUUUUCAGUAUAUGAUUCUAGUCUUACUUCCUUGUUUUUCAAUGACGAACUAGAUCCUAAAUCAAUCGAUGAAUUUCUAGCGGUUUCUACUACUGUUAACACCUUUGGUUCCGAGUUGAAUGGAUCAGAACCGAAUAAUGAAGUUCGUUCUAUAGGUACUACUGAGUUAUGUGACCCAUCCAAAGAGGCUGCUGUCACGGUUAGUUCUGAGAAAACCACUGUUGUCGUAGAUUGUGAUAGUUCCGAAAACAUUACUCAACGAACUUCGACAUACAGAGGGGUUUCAAGGCACAGAUGGACGGGUAGAUUUGAAGCGAAUCUAUGGGAUCACAGUGGUAAGCUAGAGGGUCGUGUCAGGAAAGGGCGUCAAGUGUAUUUGGGUGGAUAUGACAGUGAAGAAAAUGCCGCAAGGGCUCAUGAUUUGGCAGCAUUGAAGUAUUGGGGACCAACCGCUACUACAAACUUUCCUGUUUCCGAUUAUGCCAAGGAAAUUGAGGAGAUGAAACAUGAAGGAAAGCGAGAAUAUAUUACUUCACUGCGAAGGAAAAGCAAUGGUUUUUCUAGGGGGACUUCAAAAUAUAGGGGUGUUACAAGACACCGCCAAAGUGGUAAAUGGCAAGCAAGAAUUGGUCGAGUCGCUGAAAACAAAUAUCUAUACUUGGGAACAUUUGAAACCGAAGAGGAAGCUGCAGAGGCCUAUGACAUUGCAACCCUAAAAUAUAAAGGUGCAAAUGCUAUAACCAAUUUUGAUUCCAGUAGAUAUGAUAUGGAAUCGAUAUCGAAGAAUCCUAUUCCAAUUGAUCGAGCAUCAAAACGCUUGAAACCUUCGCAACAAUCAGCGAAGAAAGCUUCUACGAGUAGGACUGAUCAAUCUCAUUGUACCAAUGUGAAUAGCAGCAUCAAUUUUCAGCCAAUUGCUUCUACACCGUAUAACUCUGCAACACCAUAUUUUCCAUGCAGCCCUUUCCACCAUUUUCAUCCUCCUACCAAUGCAGAAACUGGCAUAGUGGAGUCUUCUGAAACUACAACCAGUGCAGGUGCAAUACUCACUACAAUGCCAACAGCAGCUGAGUCAUUUCUUUGGCAAGAUCAGUUCUAUUGAACUUUGUUAACUUGACUUUUCUGAUGCAGUUUUUUUCUGAAAGGAUGUGAGGAAUAUUGAGUUGCACAAUUAUGUUUGAAUAAAUAUUGCUUGUUACUUGUUAGUAUCAGCGCUAGUUUACAACUUAGCUUUUGAGAUUUUCAUGCGAAUGACACAUGAAAUAUGGAGUGUUUGUUGAAUGUUAA